AUGGAAGCGUUGACUCAACCUCCAGCCCCAACUCCUACGGGGUCUGAUAUCCCGACGUACAACCAGGUCCCAGAGACUACUUUUGAUCUGGACUGGGCGGACCUCGCCACCUUGGAUCUGUCUCUGUUUGACCAACCUGGUGGUAAAGAACAGUUAGCCAGACAACUUUUUGAUGCUAUCCAAAAUAUAGGUUUCUUUUAUAUUACCAACUUCGGCCUUUCGCAGGAAGAUGUCGACCGCCAAUUCUCUAUUGGCAAGGAGAUCUUCAAUCUCCCAUUAGAGGAGAAACUUAAGUUCCGCGCGGAGCUUGAGAAAGGCGGCUACAAUGGCUACAAGCCAAUGGGUCUCCGGGAAACCAGUCCGGGUGUUUACGACAAGACAGAGAUCUAUAACAUCCCAAAAUUUAUCCCAGCCCUUGAGCUUCCCCAGCCUGACAUUGUAAAUCACAAUCGUCCUGUCAUCGAGGGCUUCGCCCGCCAUAUCCAUGACCAAAUUGCUGGCAAGCUUCUCACGCUCUUUGCCAUCAUCCUCGAGCUACCUGAGGACUAUUUCCUAAAGGUUCAUCGCUACGAUGAGAAAAGCGACUGCCACCUACGGUACAUGAAGUACCACCGGCGUACCGAUGAAGAAAACGAAAAGGCCGCGGGGAUCUGGUCCAAGGGCCAUACCGACUUUGGCAGCUUAACCCUGCUAUUCCGUCAACCCGUUGCCGCACUGCAGGUUCGCACCCCGGAGGGCGAGUGGAAGUGGGUUAAGCCGUAUCCCGGGAGCAUCACGGUGAAUCUCGCAGACUCACUCCAUUUCCUUACCAACGGCUUCCUUAAGAGUAGCAUACAUCGUGUCGUUGCACCACCGCCGGAUCAGAGAAAUGUAGACCGUCUGGGUGUUUUAUACUUUGUUCGACCAGAGGAUAGUCUAGAGCUGCGACCGGUUGUGAGUGAAGUGUUGUAUCGUCUAGGAUAUGACCAGACAACCGAUAAUAGUGCGGCUGGUAUCACUGCUGGUGAGUGGGUGAAGGCGAGGGUGGCUAAGGGAGUUGACAGAGGUGUGCCUCAUAGUGAAAUUGGGGAUCAGCCUAUUAUUGGGGGCGUGGUAGCUAAGUAUUACGAUUAG